CUAUCUAACCUGCCGAUGGACGAACAGUGUGUCAUCUCGGACUCUCCUGACAAGCUUAGUCUGAGGCUACAAGCUGGAGAGACCGCUACUUUUGUUGGAGAGUACGAUCUACGCGUCAACUCUGGCUACAUCAUGAUCUAUGGCGCUAUCCUAAGGUCUGGUCCAAAAUUACAUCGUGUAUUUGCUCCCACUAGCCAUGCAUUACCAACCGUCACUGCAAAGGGCGGUCCUGCUGAAGUCGACAUUAUCUCGACUAUUCCUUUACUCGGUCCUCUGAGCAAUGUUUCUCCACUUUGGACGAAGCUUUGGCAUGCCCAGACCUCCAAGGACGCAAAGCAGACGAAAGAUGAUUCGCGAUCUUUUGCACUGCUUCGAGACUCUUCAGACGACCCAUUGAAGCGCGCUGUCACAGCACUGGAAGUAGAGCAAGAUUGCCAAGUCACUCUGAACAGAGUCCUAAGCAGACAAACCGCAAUCCAUCCAAGCUCAGUAAUCAUGGUGUCUGGUCCAAAAGGCUCUGGCAAGUCGACUAUCUGCAAAUGGAUCAUCAACACUUUCUUGACUGCCUCAAAGGCGACGUGCUCCACAUCUUGCUUUUGGUUGGAUCUUGAUCCCGGACAGCCUGAAUUUUCAGCACCUGGUCAAAUGUCGUUGGUGCAGAUUCGAUCACCUGUCCUUGGACCUAAUUAUACGCACCCCUCUGGCCAUGUCAGUUCGGCUCACAGAACUAUCCGAUCACAUACUGUUGCUGCCAAUUCGCCAAGAGAUGAUGUUGUGCACUUCCUAGCCUGCGCGAUGGACUUGCGUGACGCAUACUUCCGUACCUUGGAAGACUUCCCAGGAGCACCACUGAUCCUCAACUGCUCUGGUUGGGUGCUCGGGUCUGCAGUCUCUGCCAUGAUGGAAUUGGUACAGCAGUUCCCUCUGACAGACGUAGUGCUUAUGGAGCCUAUGGAAAGAGACACCGUCGCAUCCAUCGAAGCAACACUACCAAUGGCCAGAGUGUUGAUGAUCCCACCCCGCUACAAACCCGCUCAAUCCCGUACGAGCGCUGAAUUGCGUGCCAUGCAAGCCAUGUCAUACUUCCACUCUUUACCUCCCAGUAAAGGACUAUCUCAGUGGACAAGCAACCCCUUGACCCAAAUCCAUCCUUGGCACGUCAAAUACAAUGGUCCCAACGCUGGCAUCUCGUCCAUAAUGUCCUAUGGCGAAGCAGUAAAUCCAGAUUUUCUGGCAUCGAUCAUCGAUGGCAUGACAGUCGCCAUCUGCGAAGUCGAGUCUGAUGAAGCUUACGCUACAGUCCAAUACAGACCUCCUCAUGUUCCUUCCGCUUCAGCAGCAGAAAUGGGAGAAACCAUGACUGAGAGAAUCGGCAGGACGCCAGAGGGACUACCCUACCUCCGCCCCGACAACAGCGGCUUAAUCCAACCGCUAGACCCGCGUUUUUCCUGCUGCAAAGGCCUCGCCAUCGUCCGCGGCAUCAACGUCGCAAAGCAAGAACUCCAACUCAUAACACCCAUGUCCGUCAAAGAAAUCAAAGCUCUGCAAGGGUCGAAAACCGUAUUGGUCAGAGGCAAAUUCGACUCUCCUCAAUGGGUGUUCUUGGAGGAUAUUUAUAGUGGAGAUGCGCAGAAACUUAAGCGGCAGGAAAUGUUUGGGUUGAUGAAGGAUAAGACU